UAGCUUUCUUGAACAUGACUGUUUCCUGCCCUCUCAUGUCCUCCUCUUCCCUUCUCCCCUCCAUCGCCAUCUCCACCCACCAAACAAAACCAACUCCUCGUCUUCUUCUCCUUCCUUCUUGUUCUUGCUCAUACCCGCCUCCCCUGUCUCUAAUCGCUAAGCCCGGAGAUGGGGUUCGGGCACCGGAAGCUGAUGGAUGAGCCGGCGGUUCAGCCAGUCAACGGCACCUUCUCGCCUCAGACGAUCAACAGCACUCUGUCGGAGGUCUGUGAGACCUCCUGCGACCCUUUGAUCAACGACACAGGCUACUGCUUCAGCCCCUGCUUGGCCGUCUGCCCGGUUAAUUGCCGCGUCGCCAUCCCCCCUCCCAAUUAUAGCCCCGACCCUGGAUACUCCCCGCCGCCGCCCUACUCCAAGCAGCGCCAUCUGUCUCCCCUCCUGAUCACCACCUUCGUCGCCCUAUCCCUCGCAGUCCUCAUAGUCCUCGGGUAUGUGAUUUACGUCAGGUUUUAUGGUCCUAGAAGAAACAGAGGAGGGAGAAACAGAGCGCAGCUGCAGAGAGCCGUUCCGCCGCAAGACGAUGAGUUCGUCGACGAUCUCGGGCCGGUCCUUGACCAUCCAAUUUGGUACAUCCACACCGUCGGGUUGCAGCCCUCCGUCAUCAGCAAGAUUGCUGUCUGUAAGUACAAGAGAGGGGAGGGCUUGAUUGAGGGAACAGAGUGUUCUGUUUGCUUGACUGAGUUCGAGGAAGACGAGACCCUAAGGCUGCUACCCAAGUGCAGCCACGCCUUUCAUGUCUCCUGUAUCGACACAUGGCUCCGGUCCCACACGAAUUGCCCGAACUGUCGUGCCCCGAUCAUCGCGGGCACCCCCGGGUCACCAUCGCCCGAGCCAAGCACGAACAAUACGUGGGAGGAAGUUAGGCUCGAUCAGGGCGGCGAUGAUGUUGAGUUGGCGAGGGAAAAUAUUGGAACUGCUCCUCCGAGCAGGGGAGAAACAGAGGAAGAAACAGAGGAGCACAGCAGCAAUAGGCACGAGCCGGAGAAUGAGAUGCAACCGAUUAGAAGAUCGGUUUCGGUUGAUUCGUUAUCAGCUGCAAAGAUCAAUCUUGCAGUGGCGGAAUUUCUUAUGGGAAAGUCGAUGAGAAAAUUUGAUCCCGAAUCAGGCGAUGAAGAGAAUCAAGAUCAGAGGAACAAGAGGAUUGCCGACAGUUCAAGUUUCAGCGGCUCGUCAAGUUCCAUGAAAAGAUCACUUUCUUGGAGUGGGAGGUUCUUGGCAUUGAACUAUAGCCGAAACCGAGGCUCAAUUCUGCCUCAAUAGAGUUUUAAGUCCAUACCUGAUUUGAGGUUUCUGCGCAAAUGAAGAAAUGCCUCAACUAUUACAGCUUUCAGAUGGGACCCAAAAGGGUCUAUCCUGGGAGAUUCUGUGCAAGUUCGGAUUGCCAUGAGUUUCGAUAAAAAAUCAACUUGGUAAUGCUGCAAUGUGCACGAGAAGCUUGAGUAUGAUUCGAAGGGAUCGAUCUCACCCGGUGCAUUUCUCGGCUUGCUUUACAUCGCAAGACAAUACAAAGUGUAAGUAAAACUUUUGUUCUGUACUGAUACAACGUUGUGUGCAAUAACCCUUUCUUUCCUUUAGCGCUUCUCCUAAAAGGGAAACCUGUAAGUUGAAGGAUAUGAAAUCAACAUGUCAUCAAGCGUUCAUAUGAUGUGAAUCGGUUCUGUUCUCUUGAUA